AGAAUUCCGAUUAAGUUGACUGGGAGGGUGAAUCAAGGGAUUGCAAUCCAUCUUGAAGUCGCUGCCCGAGGCCUAAGGAGUUAUAUUUCGACUGUCUUUUUCACGAUCAUUUCCAUUAACGGCAGUGCCCGCAGAGUUUAUCGGCUCAGCACAUCCGCAAAUCUCCGCAGUUGUGGCCUUCGGCUUUGCCUCAAGGGAGCUUUGUUGAUCUCCCGAGUUCCGUAUCGGGGUCAUUAUCAACUCUGUGGCAGCAGCUUCGCUCACGUCAGCCGAAAAUUAAUUGAGGAUUAGCUCUGCUCAACUAUGCCGUCGCUGCGACGUAGAACGCCGCGCAAUCCGGAACCAAGGUCGCACCAACAAGACUCAUUAAAGAUCGCUUAUUGGGAGCAGUAUCUCCGAAGACUGCUACUUGAGCUGAGCUGUUAUCGCAGCGUCGUGACUGGUUGAGGUCGAGCACACUUGUGCUGCUGGGCGCACGUGUGUGGGAGGAGUAACUGUGGGAGAACAAAGCGGGGUUUGUCGAGUUGUCGGAACAGCUGAACAGCAGCGAUCUACGCACAAAUAGAUAAGCAAAGUGUGUUGUGUUGCACAAUAAAAAAAAAAUAGGCGAAGGAGAGAUUUGCUCCAUUUGCGUCCGAACGAGGUCGUUCAAGGUCUGGAGAGGGUCGUCGCUUUCGAUUUUCUCCCGCUCUCCAUGAUCUUUCUAUCACCCGCUAGCUUAAUCUGGCGUUGUUCAAGCCUUCGCGGAGACAGCGCGCGACAGUUUGUCUCUUCUUGGGAACGAGUUAAUGUGCUGUGCUGUUUCAGAGGUAGUCGUUAUCUCUUACCUGCGUGCUCCAUUAUCAUUUUAUUCGUCUUAUCUUAAUCCGCGUUGAACUGCUGGUUGCUGCCGCUGGAAGACAGAGACCUUCGAGUAACUGCGACUUUGUGGUUGUGGCGAAUUCUUCAAUGCCGACGAACAAAGGUACGGUUGACUGUGUCAACGUGGAAUUUCGUGGCGAAUGGAAAGUAUCGCGGAAUUACCAUUUUGCAGCUGCAGCGAACUCUCGGCUAUCAUUUGGAGCAAGUCGUCGUAUUAAUUUUGUUUUGUGGGUUAAUUAUGGCACUUUGCUGCCAAGGAUAGUUACUGUCUGAAAUUCACAAUGUCGCAGUUGAUGUAAAUUUUGCAAUUUGGACUUAUUUUGGUGGGUGACGUUAACUAAUGGUGCCUUUGAUUGCACGAUUUGGAUGAAUUUUCUCCAAAAGACUAUUUCUAUCAUUUUGGUGGUAAAAAACAACAAUUGUUGAAGAUAUUUUUAUCAUUUGGUCAACAAGCUGAGCAAACAAUUUUUAUCUCAAUUUGCUACCUUAAGCAUAAUUCAUAUCUUACUUGUAUUGCUACCGCGUAUUGUUUUAACAUUUCAAGCAAAAAAUUGUCAAAUUGGCCAUUGUGAGCAAAAAGUGUACACUAAAACCCGCUGGUUUGAUGAGGUGACUUUUUAGUUUGACAACCCGUUCACACGGAGCUCUAACGCACCACCAGCGUCUGUUAUGAUACUGUACUGUACUGUACUAUGAGCUUGAUUGGUUCCGACAGGACCUGGCGCUUUAACCCACCGGCAGUCGCGUACGUGUACUUUGUACACACUUUGUAACGGCACUUGUAAGAAAUGCCAAAACACGCGACUUCCCGAAGGUUAACUUUGAAUUUAAAAAUGGGAUUUAACCCGUAAAGUCGGUGCGUUUUUGUUUUUUGCCAGAUUUGAGCCCUGUAAAGUUUUUUUUUGCAUUUUUCGAAAACCUGAUUAGCCCAUAGUCCGUAUUCCAGGGAAACACUUGCCGAAGAGUGCGAAAAGAUUCGUCAACUAUUUAAAAUGUUACAGAAUUUAUAACUUCUGUGAUACUCAAGCUUCCUUAUGGUUUUGAGAAACGUAUUAUUAUUAUUGACACGUUUGACUCUGAAAGCAGCCAUACUGUCAAACGAAUUUUGACCAACCACGGUAGAUUUUUUUGAAAUCAUUCAUUAGUGUGAACUUUAAAAUAAUGAUCUCGGAAUUCUUUUCUACCACAGUUUUUACGGCAAUAAGGUCUCUGAUGUCUGAUGCCUGCUUAUUAAUUUUGCGGCAUCUCAUACUUUUGAUGUCGUGACCGGCUCCGUGGCUUAUUGGUUACGGCUUCUGCCUCACAAGCAGAAGGUUCAGGGAUCAAAUCCCGGUCGGUACCUUUGAAAUUUGGAAUCAGAAAUUUUGAACUUUGAAUAUGAACAAAACCAAAAAUGAAUCAGGUGGGAUUCGAACUCACGCCUUUGGAUUGGUGGUCUGGGACGCUAAGCAGUCGGCCAUCAGAAGGUUUACACUCUAGCAGUGAUUUGAUCCGUAGUGUUGAAACAUGUUAUCUUCUCAUAUUAAAUACGCGCUGAUCCCUGAUUUGCCUGAGGGGAUUGGAAGUCUAAAUAUAGAUCGAGUUUCCUUCAGAUGCUUGCUUCUAUGUUUAGGCGGGGCCGAACAAUGCCCAGCGACCUCGGAAUUGGACCGCAAGGAGCUCUGUCAUUCUGAAACGGGUCGUUGGAAGCAGCGUGAGGGCUAUCACCACCUAAUAUUCGGAACUGAGAUAAGUUGUAUCAGCAUUCAGCAUAUACAAAGUCUGAUACAAACUAUACUUUCCCAUAAUAUCGCUACCAGUUAGCGGGUAUUGGAUUGGACCACACACACACACACACACACACACACACACACACACACACACACACACACACACACACACACACACACACAUACAUAUCUCAUACUUUUGAUGUCGUCACGGUCAAACAAGGGCGUCUGUGUGAUGUGUCCCUACACUCAUGCUACCUUUUCAGGAUUGGCACAGUUCGGGAAAACGCAUACCACUAUUGUGAGAGGUGACAGUGAAUUUGUUUAAUGGUACCAAGUGUGUGUGAUAGCUAAUAAACAAACGUUUACCGUGGCCAAAGGGUCGUGAUUUGUUUUGAUGACUCAACUCCGAUACGAACAAAUUAAGCAAAACCGAACGAAAUCAAACCAAACUCCAAUUCCCCCGAAUGAUAUUCUUAACUCCGAUACGAACAAAUUAAGCAAAUCCGAACGAAAUCAAACCAAACUCCCAUUCCCCCGAAUGAUAUUCCAGUAGACUGACUUCCCUUUCACAAAAAUGACCAAGCAAUGAACGAAAUUCUCCAAGAAAUGUAAAAAAAUUGUUGCCCGAUAAUUCAAUUAAGUGUUUGCUAAGAAUUUGUUAGUGUUAAAAAAGUACUGGUAUUUGUAACAACAAAAUCCCACGUACAGAUGUUUAUUCGUACGAAUUUUGUUUUAUUAUAUUAUAGAUUACUGAACAUAAGAUGAAGAUGUUUGAUCAAGCCAACACCUGUGAACUGGACCAAGCUGCCGGCGGGUAUGAGAAUUAUUCAUUCAUUCACGGCUAAGAUCUCUGAUGUAAAACCUGUGAAAUAUGUAAGCGUAUACGCUUACACUCGUUGUCACUAGAUGCACGACUUAAAACCUAGUUUUUAUUAAAACAGAAAUGAAAUGAUAAAAAUAAUUAUUUAUUUUUAUUAGUCUUUAAUUCGUAAAUUUUUUUCCGUGCAACCUCCGCACCGCUCGAUCUAGUACUUCACAUCAUCGCGCAAAACGGCAACAGUGUUGGUUGUGAUUUCGUUAGCUGUCAUUUUUUUUCGUGCAAACGCGCUCGGCCAUUUUCAGAAGUGUUUUCAAGUUUUGUGGAUUAGAAAGAAGAUUCCGAGGAGGUGAUUUCGCGCUACACAAAGUUUUGGUUCGGUCGUUUCGAGAAGAGUUUGUGUUCAAGUUGUGCAUUGUGAAAAAGCAGCAUGUCAUUUGCACCGAAAGGAGCCGGUUCGGCGUGCUACAUCUGUAAGUUCUCGGAGGAGGAUGAUGUACACUACGGGAUGGUGAUGGCCAAGUGGAGAAUCCGGGUCCACACCUUUUGCAUGUUGCUGUCCCCGAAACUCGUGCCGAACGGAAAACCGGACGUAAUGUGCGGCUAUACGCUGGAGGGUAUUAAGGCGGAGGUGACGCGAAUCAGAACACAAAAGUGUUACCUCUGCGAGGGGCCCUACGCGAACCUCUCGUGCUGCGCAAACCGGUGUGGUCGCACCUAUCACAUCGUUUGCGGAACGAAGGCCUGUUGCGUGAACGAGUUCGCCGGAAGGUUCCGGAGCUGGUGCCCGCAGCACGUCGAGCUCAACGAUUCGGUCCACCACGACGACGACGAGGUGUGCGUCAUCUGCGACCAGAAGAUUGGAUCGUACGACCGGUUUGGGUCAAUGGUGGCACCCUGCUGCCGGAACGGUUGGUUCCAUAGGCGCUGUGGCGCGUUGCGCGCAUUCACGGCAGGGUAUUACUUCAAUUGCCCGCUGUGCAAUAGCGACGAAGAGUUCAAGACGGACUUGCAACUUCAAGGUGUAUUCAUCCCGUUGGUGCGGCCGCCAGUGUGCGAUGCACCGGAUUGCCGUUGCCCGCAGGGACGCAACUUCACCUCGAGCGUCUGGAGCCGGCGAUUUUGCGAGGCUUGCGGGUCGAGCUGUCGGCAUGACCUUUGCCAUUUGGAGAGCCACUACAUCUGCAAGGCGUGCCAGCCACCGCUCGCCAGUGAAACCCCGCCGACGCGCACCGGCGGUGACGACCAAGCCGUACCUGGACCCAGCGGCGUUUCCAGCGUUAAGAAGAACCUGCAGCGCAAGUCGGUGGCGGACCAGACGUCCGACGUCGGCAACGAUGAUGGCGCGGCGGAAGGCACCGUUAGACACGGCGAUACGGAGCAGCAGAUCCUUCCAGGCGCAAGCGAACCCGCGCUGCCGAGCAUCGGCGAAGGCGAGGAACCUGGAGAAGGCGCCCCCGCGCGGCCGAGCACCGGCGAAGGCGUCACCAAGAGCCGUCGCAAGGCGAGCAAGGCGAAUCGAAGCAAGGCGGUGGCGGACCAGUUGUCCGACGUCGGCAACGAUGAUUGCGCGGUGGCAGGCACCGUUAAUUACGGGGAUACGGAGCAGCAGAUCCUUCCAGGUGCAAGCGAACCCGCGCUGCCGAGCAUCGGUGAAGGCGAGGAACCUGGAGCAGGCGCCCCCGCGCGGCCGAGCACCGGCGAAGGCGUCACCAAGAGCCGUCGCAAGGCGAGCAAGGAGAAUCGAAGCAAGUCGGUGGCGGACCAGAUGUCCGACGUCGGCAACGAUGAUUGCGCGGCGGCAGGCACCGUUAAUUACGGGGAUACGGAGCAGCAGAUCCUUCCAGGUGCAAGCGAGCCCGCGCUGCCGAGCAUCGGCGAGUCCGAGGCAGGCGCCACCGGUGGCCCCGUCAAGAAGGCAAAGCCGAAGCGACGCAAGUCGGUGGUGGUGAUGCUCCCCCAGGACGAGGACACCCGGUCGCGCGACGGCGAAACGGACCCGCCCGCCAACAGCUGCACACUGAGGGUGGUGAACGAAGCGAAGAAGGACCACAUUGACCUGUUCGUGGCCAGUGUAGCGGCCUCGUUGCGGCUGCUAUCGCAGGAAGAAUACUACACGGCCAAAAGAGAAAUUAAUGAAAUUAUGUACAAAUUCGAGCUGAUGGCGCUGGCUCGCCAUAACGAAUGAUGUGCUGUUUUAUCUUUUUUCUUCUUCGAGCGGCGGAGGCAGGCUCAAUAUAAAAUGUUUUGAACUCACAAAAGCCAACCUUGUUUUAUUCGUUGUUUUAGCUUAUUUCACAUCCUGUUUUGAACGAUCCCUAAAGCAUGACCGUCAGAAUAAAAAAAAUCUUGGUUGACUUUCGACAAGAUUCGGUUGCUAUUGAAAUGUUCUCGCGGCGCGAUUCCUAAAACAUUCUAUAAGUGCAUCUCCAGAGCUGGGGGCAAUAAUCAAAGCAAAAAACUUAGAAAAAAAAAUAA